AGAUUAUGGAGCACGGCAGCAGGAAUCAGCGAUUCCUGUUGGGUCUCCUUGCUUUUCUUUCCUUGAUGGGGUUUCUGCAUGGCGCUGAAGACUCUGACAGCCGGCAUGCCAAUUGUAACCGGGGGCGAUCGAGGCUGGCUCGGAACAUUCUAAGGGAAGAGUUUUACCCGCAUGUCCGCAAGCUAGGGUUCCAACUGCCGCCCGGGUGCCCAUUCUCGGAAGAGAGAGAUAUGUUCCUUGACAACGAAAAGCACAAGAAGGAAGUGAGGUUCAACAACUGGAAGUGUCUGUAUUGCAACAAGGUGUUCAAGAGCGAGUCCUACCUCGAGCACCACUAUGUCAACCGUCACCCUGAGACCAUCAAGGAGGAUGGGUUCUGCCUUGCAGACUACUGCGACGUGCUGGAGUGUGACAUGCAGGAGAACGUCAUCGGGUCGGAGGGCAUGUUCAAGACCUCCUCCUACAGGUGCGAUGCCAAGAGGAUGCAGAAGCGGAGGCAUCGAUGCCACUCAGUCCUCGACAAGUGCUUCCCUCCCCACACCAGCGACGCUGCGAACCGACUGCAUCACGAGUUCGAGAAGCUUUACUGCGAACAUCUCUCCUGCGAGGCAAGCCCUGACGGACUCGGGGACGUCGCCCGUCGUCCUCACACGCUGCUGAGCCAAUCCAAGGCGAGGAGCGAGUAUCACAUGAAGAAAACCAAGCACUCGCCAUGGCGGAAGCUUGCGAUCGUCUUUGGGGUUCUGUUUGCCAUCAUCCUCUUCAUUUUCUAUCUCGGGGUUUGUUUGUAUCGCAAGGACAUGGCUAUCUUGGAAGACCUUCGCAAGCUCUCGAGCAACAGCGAAGGCGGCGUCUUGAGAUCCUCAAGUCAAAGCAGAUGUGACACGUGGGAAGAAUAAAGUCGGUUG